GAGGAAUGUUAAAUGUUGGGCUUCUCUGUAUUUACUAUUUAUCAGGGAAGGAAAGAGGGGACUUGAACAAUUAGGACAACGCAAGUCUCCCUUUUUCUUUUCCUUUUCGUUUCUUCAAUUCCGAAUUUGAUCGAAUAAUAUCUCAGGAUUGAGCCGCCAUGUCGUACGCCUACCUCUUCAAGUACAUAAUUAUCGGAGAUACUGGUGUUGGAAAAUCAUGUCUUCUUCUGCAGUUUACUGACAAGCGGUUUCAGCCAGUGCAUGACUUAACUAUUGGUGUGGAAUUUGGAGCCAGAAUGAUCACAAUUGACAACAAACCAAUAAAGCUACAGAUAUGGGACACGGCGGGUCAAGAAUCAUUCAGAUCUAUUACAAGAUCCUACUACCGAGGGGCUGCUGGUGCCCUGCUAGUUUAUGAUAUCACUAGGAGGGAAACUUUUAAUCACCUUGCCAGCUGGUUGGAGGAUGCAAGGCAGCAUGCAAAUGCAAACAUGACUAUUAUGCUAAUUGGCAACAAGUGUGAUCUUGCCCAUAGAAGGGCUGUGAGCACAGAGGAAGGUGAGCUGUUUGCCAAGGAACAUGGAUUGAUAUUCAUGGAAGCCUCUGCAAAAACUGCGCAGAAUGUGGAGGAGGCAUUCAUAAGCACAGCUUCUACAAUCUACAAGAAGAUUCAGGAAGGAGUCUUUGAUGUAUCAAAUGAGUCCUAUGGGAUUAAAGUUGGAUAUGGAGGUAUCCCAGGUCCAUCAGGAGGCAGAGAUGGCUCUUCUUCUCAGGCAGGGGGCUGUUGCAGUUGAAACUUGGAACCCAUUCUCAGAAUCACUCAAAUCACAUGAUUGUUUUCUUUGUGCUUUAAUAGGAUCAAUUGUUCAUUUGUUGGUUGAAUCUUGUUACAUAAUUACAACAAUAGUCCAAACCAGUGAAAAGUUGAAAAUAGUAUUAAUAAUAAUGAUACAUUUAAAAUAUGUGAUAUUUGUGUUGCCUGAAUUUAAGAAAAAGAUGAUUUAUUCAUAUUCCUUCCA